AUGCCUCAAAAUGGAAUUCCUGAAGUAGAGAUCUUUGAUGUAUGGGGAAUUGAUUAUGUUGGACCCUUGCCAUCAUCAAAAGGGUACAAAUACAUAUUGGUGGCAGUGGACUAUGUGUCAAAAUGGGUUGAGGGUGUACCAACUAUCAAUGCUAAUUCCAAGUCAGUUUGCAAUUUAUUCAAGCAAGUGAUCUUUCCAAGAUUUGGUGUGCCACGGAUUGUUAUCAGUGAUGGAGGAAUGCAUUUCAACAACUCCCAACUAGAAUCUCUCUUAGCAAAAUAUGGAGUUCAUAAUCAUAGAAUUACAACUCCAUAUCACCCACAAGCAAAUGGAAGGGUGGAGCUGUCUAAUAGAGAAAUAAAGGCUAUCCUAGAUAAGGUAGUAUCAAAGUCAAGGUUUGACUGGGUACUGAAAUUACCAGACACACUGUGGGCAUAUAGGACAGCUUAUAAAACACCAAUUGGAAUGUCACCAUUCAGGUUAAUAUAUGGAAAAGCAUGCCAUCUACCCGUUGAACUUGUACACAAAGCUCAAUGGGCACUAAGGAAACUCAAUAUGGACCUUGAUACAGCAGGAAAACAUAGAAAACUACAACUCUGUGAAAUGGAAGACCUGAGAGCUGACUCUUACGAGAGUGCAAGAAUCUACAAAGAAAAGACCAAGAUCUGGCAUGAUAAGCAUAUAUUGAGGAAAGAAUUUCAUCUUGGACAGUUGGUAUUGGUCUACGAUACUAGGUUUCAUUUAUUUCCCGAUGAAUUCAAGUCAAGAUGGUAUGGCCCUUGCAAGGUGAAGAAGAUUCUGAAAAGUGGUGCUAUCCAAGUGCAAAGUACUUCUGGAGGUCUCUUCCUCGUAAACGGUCAAAGACUGAAGCCCUACAUCCCUGGAGACACACCUCUGAUUUCUGAAGAUGAGAAUGCAAGCGAAGAUCAAGACCUGGAGAAGGAAAUUCAAGAAGGUGAGGGGAGCCAAGAGGUGGUGUCAAUCCCUGCAGGACCCUGA